GAUAAUCAAAUAAAAACUUUUUUUAUAUGUUCAAGGCACAGUUAGGUUUUUAUGUAGUUUCCUCGAUCAGCGUGAAAUUCCGUGUUGAUUAAAGGGAGAUCAGCUGUCAAAUUCGGAAAAAAUUAAAAUAAAACUUAAAAUCUUUUCUUACUUCCCUUACUUUGGGGCAACAUUUGUAUUACGAUGAAUACUAAAUCAAGUGAUAGCAACGCAUUCAUAAACUCUUCGCUUCAAACGAGUGCUGAUGGAAUCAAAUCACAAAAAUCCGCUAGCAGUGGUUCUGCUACUGGGAAUUUGCGCAAUAAAUGCGCUCUUAAGCCGGGCCACUCCCUUAUGGAUUGGAUACGUUUAGGUAAUUCAGGCGAAGAUUUAUCUGGUACACAAGGGCGCCUUACAACCGUUUCUAUGGAAGAGUUAUCUAAACAUAAUUCUAGAAAUGAUGCCUGGAUAGCUAUACGUGGUGUUGUCUAUAAUAUAACACGUUAUAUGGACUUUCAUCCUGGAGGUGUUGACGAAUUAAUGCGUGGUGUGGGGAAAGAUAGCACCCAGCUAUUUAGUGAGGUGCAUGCUUGGGUUAAUUAUCAACAAUUACUAAAUAAAUGUUGCAUUGGUCCUUUGAAAAAAAUUGUAAAAGUUCAGCCAGAUCUAAUAAAACAUUUGGAGGCUAAAAUCAGUUUAAAGGAAGGCGAAUUACUCCAAUUACCGAAAGCUAAGUUUGAGGUAGAACCACGUUUCGAUUGGAUACAAAAACUUAAUGAUCUUACAAUCUACGUGUAUACCAAACAAUUUUGCAAUCCUGGUUUUCUAAUCAAAAAGAUGAAUGGAGUUAACCAUGUGGAAAUAUGGAUAUUAACAGAAGCCGGAAUACAUAAAUUUCAAUACGAGCUACACGGUGGUGUAGAAUGGCCCCCUAAGGAUUUAAAGAUGUCUACAGAAAGCGGUAAGCUCGAGAUAAACUUCUGUAAAAGUGAACAGCAUAGAGAAUUGUGGCGAUCCUUAGGCACACACAAUAUUAAAAAACUAAUGAAAUCGUCUUGCGAAGAAGAAAUAUUCAUUGAUUUUCAAGUAAUUAAAAAUCAACAAUUCAAUCACGAUUCCCACGAACUUGUACUGCAAAAUAAACAUGCGAUAUUAAUAGUACCUGUAGGUUAUCAUGUGACAUUGGGUCUAAAUUGGGAAGCGCUUAAAAAGGAUUACACACCAGUACCUGCUAAAUAUUUAAGUUGCAUGGAAAAACGGGAAUUUUCUACUUUAAAUCUGUUAAUUAAAAAAUAUACACCGAGGCAGUAUUUCUCAUCGCGUUUAAGUGAACAAAUGGAAGACACUUGCCUUCAGAUUUCUAUGCCUAAAGGAAAUUUAAAAUUAUUAUCUCUAGCAAAACAUAGGAACCUUUGCCUUUUGGCUGCCGGUAGCGGGCUGACGCCGUUUCUGGGAAUGAUUGAACAUUUGUUAAAACGUCAAACGAAUCGCAUUGAACUACUCUAUUUAUUUUAUUUCAAUAAAACAUCCGAAGACAUUUGGUGUCAAAAAAUUCUGGAAGAAUCAUCUAAGGAAGAUGAACGUUUUAAAUUUGUAUCGAUGCUAAGCAGAGAUAGUGAUGGAUGGGAUGGCUUAAAGGGCCAAAUUUCAGAGAAUUUAUUGUUGCCGUUGGUGGAUAAAAGCUGCAGGAAUCCAAUUACUUAUAUAGCUGUCUGUGGUCCUAUAGGUUUCAAUGCAAAAGCAGAAGAAAUUGUUAAGUCAAUCGGUUUCUCUACAGAAAAUUUUUACGUUUUUCAGGGUUAGAAACAGUUUAUAAACUUUUCUAAUUAUAUUUAGGCUUAAAAUACGAUUUUGAAAGUUAAAGGAAAUUUGAACUUAAAUCCAACUAUAAAGGCAAAUCCUUGAAUCCGACAAACUGAUUUUCAGUAGAUUUUAGGAUCAAAAAAUUAUUGGUAGUUAAAACGCAAAAUUAACGGAAACUGGUAGAAUGCAUCAUAUUUAUAUUUUGCAACUGGUGAUCUUCAUUAUUUUUUUUUUUUUUCUUUUGGGUCCAAAGACAAUUCAUCACUGCUGCUCUGUCGCCUCUUGGCUAAUAUAUGUAUAUAAUGUUGCAGUGCAGACCGUAAAGUCAUUAAAUUGAAUUUCAAGAUUAUAUGCAAAAAUCUCCUACUGCACAGAAAUUGAAUAUGCGCGACAUUAAUAAUACGUGCCAUAAAUAGAUGCAACAAAGCUAAUAAAAUUUUGAUCCUAAUUCUCCUCUACGGGUAAUAAUUAAAAUUCGCCUAAACACUUUCCUUUUUCAAGGACCUUAUAGUGUACAAUUGUUACAUAACAAAUGACACAACAGAAAUAUUGUCAAAUAUCGAAAGAAA